AUGCAUAUUGAUGCCAUCCACGCGUGGAUCGAUAUCAUUGAUCCUACGAGCCCUUCUACCGAUUUUACUGGCCAAACUCAGCAAAGUUCGGCAGAUACAGAUAUUUACGACGCGUUGUUGAAUAAGGCCAAGCGGAAGCUACCCAGCCCUUCCAUGUCGAGCCCAUCGAAACGCCCGCGAGUGGAAGACUCUGAUCCUUUUGUUGACUCCGAUACAACACCACGACGACCAGUUACCAAUGCAUCCGACAGUAUCCUCUAUAAUUCAGCACCCUCAUUUGACAUCCCAGGUUCUACCGCCCACUCGACAGCGCCUACAUCUAUUUUCACAGAGAUCCUCGCCUCCCGACCGCAUUUUGCCAACCAACAAUCCCGACAACCACGAAGUCUAUCACCCUCAAAGCAAUAUCAAAAAGGAAUGACUUACUGA